CCACCACGGAGAGACCUCACCUACCCACACCCAGCCAAGCCCAGCCAACUUGACGGCACGCUACGCUACAAGCUGAGCGUGAGCCGGCAGUGUCACUAGCGAGUGGCGAGAAUGGGGAAGCCGCAGCUCGCGCUCCGGGGAGUGGCGGCGCCGCCGGUGGUGCUGGCGGUGCUGCUGCUGCUCUCCUGCUCCCUCCACGGCGCGAGGGCGGAGGAGGGGGAGUCCGCCGGCCUGGACACGGGCCUGGCCGGCGGCGAGCCCGGCAUGGUCAACACCAGCGCCGUGUCCAUCGGGCAGUCCGGCGUCGCCCGGGCCACCUGGUACGGCGCCCCCAACGGCGCCGGCCCCUACGACAACGGCGGCGCUUGCGGGUUCAAGAACGUGAACCGGUACCCGUUCAUGGCCAUGACCUCCUGCGGCAACCAACCGCUGUUCAAGGACGGCAAGGGCUGCGGCGCGUGCUACAAGAUCAAGUGCACGAAGCACAAGGCGUGCUCUGGGCGGCAGGAGACGGUGGUGAUCACGGACAUGAACUACUACCCGGUGGCGCCCUACCACUUCGAUCUCAGCGGCACCGCCUUCGGCAAGCUCGCCAAGCCCGGCCGCAACGACGAGCUCCGCCACGCCGGCAUCAUCGACAUCCAGUUCACCAGGGUGUCGUGCGAGUUCCCGGGGCUCAAGGUGGGGUUCCACGUGGAGGAGGGGUCCAACGCGGUGUACAUGGCGAUCCUGGUGGAGUACGAGAACGGCGACGGCGACGUGGUGCAGGUGGACCUCAUGGAGUCGGGCCGCCGGGGACGCGGCGGGGGCGGCGGGCGGUGGACGCGGAUGCGCGAGUCGUGGGGCUCCAUCUGGCGCCUCGACUCCAACCACCGCCUCCAGGCGCCCUUCUCCCUCCGCAUCCGCAACGAGUCCGGCAAGACCCUCGUCGCCCGCAACGUCAUCCCCAAGAACUGGCGCCCCAACACCUUCUACCGCUCCAUCGUCCAGUACAGCUAGACCUCUUCCUCCGUCGACGGGUCGCGGCACAGCUCUGUUUUGGCGGGAGUUGAUGCUGUUUUGGCGGGAGUUUUCAAUUAAUUUCUGAAUGAAUGAACGAACGAAUGAAUUGUGUACUACGUAUCGUGGGAAAUAGAGGAGGCACCCUAGCGUGCGUGUUCAAGCACGCUGGCUCUCCCGCCCACUUUACUCCUACUAGUGGUCGUCAUCCUAUUAAUUGUUUCAGACUUUGCGGAUGCAUCUGCGGCCGCAUGCAUGCAACCCUCUAUAUGUAACUGCAUGCUCUGUAUCCAUCCAUGAUCACAUUUAUGUAGUAUGUGUGAAUCAUGCAUGCAUCAUCCGUGAUGUGUCGUCUAAUCGGUCGGAUCAGACUGAGCAAGGCUAUGUAUAAAUGUUCCCGGCUUUUUAAUUUCCUUCUA